CUACUCAUAUUUAUUUUGCUUUGAAAACCAAUACACACAUAAUGAAAUUCACCCUUCACCAACUUAGUUGCAGCUGUUAGACCUCUUCUCAAUUCUCAUACUUCUUAAAACCUCAAUUUUAAUAAUCAAAUCUGUCAUCAUCCUUAUCCUACCUUUUCUCUAUCUGCCCAAUUUAAGACACACAACUCUCUUUCCAUCUUUCUCUAGCAAUGUCUAAAGCAAUUAUUGUAAGAAAACAAGUUGUGGAGAAGAACAAUAUUUUCAUCAAAGAAAAAGGGAAGGCAAGCAGCUGCCAUGGCUUUUUCUCUAAACACUUCAAGAAAGUCUCCCCAGUUGGGUUAAAUAGGAGCAAUUCUUCACUAUCCCUAUCAUCAGUAUCCUUAUCUUUGUCACAGAACUCAAAUGACUCUUCUCUUACAGAUAAUUCCACUCCGCUUGAACAGAAGAUAUCGUCAGCUCUUCGCCUAAUCACACCACUGGAAAGAAGAGAAGUCCCAGCAGUCUCUAAGAACGUCCAAGUCCAACAGCAGCAGCAGCAAAGCAAUCAGGAAUCUAAUGGUGGAGAGUUGAAAAGAUGCAACUGGAUUGCAAAGAAUAGUGAUAAAGUGUAUGUCGCCUUUCAUGAUGAAUGCUGGGGAGUUCCAGUCUACGACGAUAACCAAUUGUUCGAGCUGCUUUCUAUGUCUGGUAUGUUGAUGGACUACAAUUGGACUGAAAUUGUAAAAAGAAAAGAACUAUUCAGAGAAGCUUUUGCUGGAUUUGAUCCUAAUAAUGUUGCCAAAAUGGGAGAGAAAGAAAUCACGGAGAUAGCCUCCAAUAAGGCAAUCAUGUUGGCUGAAAGCAGAGUGAGGUGCAUAAUAGACAAUGCCAAAUGCAUAGUGAAGCUUGAGAAGGAAUUUGGAUCAUUUAGCAGCUACAUGUGGGGGUAUGUGAAUUUCAAACCAACGAUCAACAGAUACAAACAUCCAAGAAAUGUUCCACUAAGGACUCCAAAAGCAGAGGCUAUUAGCAGGGAUCUUCUGAAAAGAGGAUUCCGGUUCGUCGGUCCAGUGAUAGUGUACUCAUUUAUGCAAGCAGCAGGGUUGACAAUUGAUCAUCUUGUUGAUUGUUUUAGGUAUGGUGAAUGUGUAAGCCUUGCAGAAAGACCAUGGAGGCACGUCUAACACCACCACCACCACCACUACCCAUAUAAAAUGUCUCUCAAGAAACAUGCAGGUCUCAAAAGGGGAUGUAAAUACAAGUCAUGCUUCUUCUUCUUCUUCUGGCAAGCAUAUAUAUAACCAUACACCCUGAUUCCUGAAGCUGUAUAAGAAAUGGAAAGGAAAGUAUAUGAUUGGACUGUAUAGCUGCCAGUGAUUUUGUUUUAUUAUUUAUUAGCAAAA